AUGGGAAAUGUGUCUGCAUGUCCAAAGUCUUCAAAAGAUGAUCAAGCUAAGUGUAGAAAUGCAAUUAAUGAGGGAAAGAUGAAGAAGAGAAACAAGAAAAUUGAAGAGGAAUCUUUAAGAUCGAAUGUGAAUAUUCGAAAAGAUAUUGAUGUGGAUGAAUUUCAAGAGUCUUUUGGGACUAUGAAACCAUCACGUACCCUUGGCCUUAUGGAUAAGUUUUCAAGUGCCAUUAACCCAGAGACUUCUUUGAACUUAGCAAAGAGCAAGCGGAAACAAAACAUCAAUGAUGCUCUUUUCAAAGAAAGAACAAGUCUAGUUAAAGAAUAUGUCUAUAGAUGGGCGUAUGAAGCUGGUGUUUCUUUUAAUGCUAUUGAUAGAGAUAGCUUUAAUGUGAUGAUAGAGGUGGUUGGUCAAUUUGGGCCAGGGUUUAAACCUCCUACUAGAUAUGAAAUGAGCGAGCCAUAUUUGAAGAAAGAGGUUGAUAGGAUCAAAGGCUUACUGAAGACAAAUGAAAAAGAAUGGAAAUUGAAUAGGUGCUCAAUUAUGAUAGAUGCUUGGAGUGACAGAAAAAGGAGGUCAAUUAUGAACUUGUGUGUCAAUUCUAGAUUAGGCACCAUUUUUCUUUCCUCUAAAGAAUCUUCAGAUGAAAUCCAUACAAGUCAACUAAUUUAUGAGUAUGUAGAGCAAUGCAUUCAAAAGGUUGGUCCAGAAAAUGUUGUUCAAAUAGUAACUGAUAAUGCCUCAAAUAACAUGGGAGCUGCAAAGUUGUUGAAGGAGAAGAGGCCAACAAUUUUUUGGACCUCAUGUGCUACUCAUUCUAUAAAUCUUAUGCUUGAAAGCAUUGCAAGUAUACCAAGGUUCAAGAAAGUUUUUGCACCUUUGGUGAAGGUGCUUCGAAUUGUUGAUGCCGAUAAGAAACCAUCUAUGGGUUUUGUGUAUGGUGAGCUUCUGCAAGCUAAGAAAGAUAUUAAGAAUGCUUUAAGUAAUAUUCCAAAAAACUAUCAGCAUAUUAUUGAUAUUAUUGAUGCAAAGAUGAAAGAUAUGCCACAUAGUCCACUACAUCUGAUGGCUUAUUUGUUGAAUCCUUUUUAUCAUUAUAAGGAUCCGCUUCUUUAUUUGGAUCAAACUGUCACAAUUGAGGUCAUUGAUUGUAUGGAUGUUAUCUUUUUUGGGGAUAUUGAUAUGCAAAAUAUCAUUUUGAGUGAGGAGUUACCCAUGUAA